GGAUUAGCACAUCCCGGUACUUCCAUCAUGGCAGGCAGUAAGUUGGUGUUAGAAGGCAGAGUGAGUAUAAAAAGCUUUAUUUUAGGCCUCAGCGUCGUCCUCAUCCCGCUCAUCAGAACCUGGUUCGGACACCUGGACUGGGUCUUCGAUUAUCUGACAGAGACUCCCGGGAAAAUUGCAAUUUGUGUCCACAUAGCGGCUAUAAACGGCCUUUUGCUUGUCAUAUACAGAGGACCCGUGUACAAGGUUGCUGUGAGAGCCUGCUUCCUGGGAGUCACGUUCGGCUGCGGCCUGAUCAUCAGCUUCUCUGACACCACCUGGACGCACUUUGGCUGGUACAUGUGCUCACUGUCAUUCUUCCAUUACUCUGAGUACCUGGUGACGGCCGUCAUUAACCCUCGCAGCCUGUCGCUGGACUCCUUUCUGCUCAACCACAGCGUGGAGUACACACUGGCUGCUGUGUCUUCAUGGCUGGAGUUCACUGUGGAGAAGCUCACUGUUCCAGAGCUGAAGCAUCUAAACUGGCUCAGUUUGGUUGGACUGGUCAUGGUGCUGUGCGGCGAGGCGCUGCGGAAAGCAGCCAUGCUGACGGCCGGCUCCAACUUCAACCACAUCGUCCAGAAUGAGAAAGCCCAGAGCCACAUACUGGUCACCACUGGGGUCUACGCCUACUUCAGACACCCGUCCUAUGUGGGCUGGUUCUACUGGAGCAUAGGAACUCAGGUCAUGCUGUGCAACCCCGUCUGCAUCGUGGGCUACACGAUAGCCAGCUGGCGCUUCUUUCGGGAGCGGAUAGAGGAAGAGGAACUUUCCCUCAUCCAUUUCUUUGCUGAGGACUACGUGGAGUACAAGAGGAAGGUUUCCACCGGGCUGCCCUUCAUCUCUGGCAUCCGCGUCAAUUAGCACCCAGAUCGGACACUGAGCCCAACAGACUGAGAGCUCCAAAGCAGGCCAGACCUGGUGGUGAUGUGUUGUCUGCUGUAGCAGCUGCUGCCCCCUGGAGGUGAGCGUCUGCCACUGGCUGAGGUUCUGUAGCACCAAGAGCCACCGAGGCAGCUGGGCUGCUCCUUUUCUACCAACAUCCAGUAUCAGAACAGAGAACCUCAGAUGUUCACGUCUUUCUACUCUUCCUCCUUUCAUCUCACCUGUUUCUGUCUGCAUGCUUUCACCAUGGUUACCGGUUUCUGCCCAUCUGUUGGGUUUAAGGAUCAGCGCUUUGCCUGGACCCUUCGGUGUCAUAGGUCCGGUUCUUUCUUUUCUUUUUAACAGAUGUUUCAUAGAAAAUUAGCAAUAUAAAUGUUUCUAAAGUGAAUGAGAACCCAAUUAAGGUUUUUAGAUGAUCUGUUGAUGUAUGUUUUCUACAGCCCAUCAGGAUUUGGCAUAAAACCAAGAUCCAUAUUUAUAACAAGGACUUUAAAAGACCAGGAUGUUGUUUUUCAUUUAGCAUCAACAUGAAGAUAUUUAUAUACUGUUGGAGUCGUGGUGUAUCGUGCACUUUCUCAUUUUAGCAUAUUGCUCUUUUAUUCUAUGUUCCAUCACUCUGAGCAACCAGAGAGCUGAGCCGUCUGGCUCUGGCUGUGGAGAAGGAGAAGAGAGUCAUGCAGAAUAUUGAU